CAUUGUUUUAUCUCUCUGCUUAUUUAAAACAGAAUAAUGCAUUUUUAGCUUAUAUUCCUAUGAAAUGCAUAUAUUGUUUUACAUUUUAUCAGUGCAUUCUCUCUCUCUCUCUCUCUAUCUCAAUCUCUGACGUCCAAGAAGCUGAAGGUUGUGACAAUGUCGUUUACUCAAUCGUGGCCUUGGAGGACCAGAAGAAAAAGAAGCGGAAGGAGAAGAACACUCAGAAUGCUGAAGGUGGUAAUGACGUUGUUUAUUCAACCCUGGCCUUGGAGGACCAGAAGAAGAAGAAGAAGGAGAAGAACACUGAGAAAGCUGAAGGUGGUAAUGAUGUUGUUUAUUCAACCCUGGCCUUGGAGGACCAGAAGAAGAAGAAGAAGAAGAAGAAGAAGGAGAAGAACACCGCAAAUGGCGACGCAGACGUGCUGUAUUCCACAGUCAGGACUGGACAAAGAGAGCAACACUGGCUCCCUGAUCCUCCGCCUUUAUAGCUUCCUCCAGACCAGGUUUUACUUCAUGCUGGUUAUAAAGCGCUGCAUUCUCCUAUAGAUGCCUGACCUUGAGGAUCAGUACAGCACAGUACAGAUCAGCAUUUCCCCUCCCCAUUUCAAAUAUUGCUGAAUGUGUUUUUACUUUAUUUUUUACUGACUAUAAAAUAUUGUAUCAAAGCUUAGAUUCAUAUUCAUGAAGUAUGCCAUAAUAGGACUGCUUUUGACUUUUAGUUUAUAGUGGAUAAGAUUAGGAUUUUGACAGUGGAAACAUGGUCUUAGAUCAGUGCUCCCACUACAAGAUACUUUAUGAAUAUGGGUCUGGGUCUUUAUUCAACACAGAAGAAUUAUCCGCUCCUUAUUUCAACAUGCAUCUGCUUUCACGGUAUUUUAUUAACCCAUAGACCUGUAAUAGAUGUACAUCAGUAUUAUCUGAAAGUGAAUCCCGGAGGGGUUAUAUGGUUUCUUUUAAUUAAAAAUGCUGAAAACAGUAAAUCAAAUUAUUUCAAGACUACUUUCAAAGUGAUUCUAGAUAGCCAUAAAUAAAAAUAUGAAAAAAGGC